AUGGGUGUCACAGCUCUAGUGAUGAUGAUGUCCAUAAGUGUGAUUGAAUAUGGAGACUUCUCUAGGCAUGAAAUAAAUAUUAAAAUGCUCUCAGCAUUGGAGAGGCAAAUCUUUGACUUCCUUGGUUUCCAGUGGGCACCAAUUCUUGGAAAUUUUCUGCAUAUAAUAGUCGUCAUAUUGGGUUUGUUUGGAACCAUUCAGUACAGACCUCGAUAUAUUGUGGUGUACACAGUAUGGACUGCCCUCUGGGUCACCUGGAACGUGUUCAUUAUCUGCUUUUAUUUGGAAGUAGGUGGACUCUCUAAGGAUACAGAUCUGAUGACAUUCAACAUUUCUGUACACCGGUCGUGGUGGCGGGAACAUGGGCCUGGUUGUGUCCGAAGAGUGCUGCCUCCGUCAGCCCAUGGCAUGAUGGACGACUACACUUACGUCUCCGUCACAGGCUGCAUUGUUGACUUCCAGUAUCUAGAGGUCAUCCACAGUGCUGUCCAGAUACUCCUCUCUUUGGUUGGUUUUGUGUAUGCCUGUUAUGUGAUCAGUAUUUUCAUGGAAGAAGAAGACACCUCUAUGUACAAGUUUGUGCCAGAGACUAGCCAGCUACUCACUAGACCCAUUUGUUUGUUCUUCUCUUGGCACAUAACUGGACUGCAUUCUCCACCUUCCUGCAGUCGGGUGUCCCUUGACAUUGAAUUCGAGAUCGUGGAAGAUGAGCCCAGCAGUAAUGACAUGGAGGCCUUCAGCCAUCUGAAGUCAGUGAAGUUCAGUGAUUCUGAACAGACAGUGAUUGAAAAAUCACAAAACUUUGAAAAGGCCUUCAGUAAAGCCAAACAGUAG